CCAUUAAUUAGCAUUAUAAAAGACUUCUGAGGAUGUUCCAUUGAAAGGGCUAAAUAGGAUAACGAAUAAUUAAUUUGGCUGUUGCAAAAGUAAAUAAAUUGUUAAAUGAAUCACUUGAAAUUUUUUUGGGGGCAGUGGCACCCCUGAAUGUUGGACAAAUGGCGACGACAAGGUGCAACACUGGCACACAACAGCGGUCACUCCAUUUCCGUUAUCUUUAGACGCACAAGAAGGGCAGACGGGCCGGAAUAAUAAGCCAUUAUUUAAUAAACCUAAAACAAUACUAAUUAAAACCCACAAGAAUUCAACGAAAAUGACCAGCAGCAUUAACCCAGAAGCAACAUUUAUUUACACCUAAAAGCCGAUAAGCGCAAAGUGCCAAGAAUAAUUCCAAAAAACAGGAACAAGACGAGUAAAAAAAAAACGCUAAUACUACUUACGGUGGGAAAAAAAAAACGCAAAGGAACGGGGAAGAAUCGAGAGAUCGAAUGUGUGUGGAAUUGAAAACGAGAGGGGGAACAAGCCAUUUCCCCAACGUGUGAUUUUUUGUUACAAGUUUAUCGAGGAGAAUCAAGUAUUUCCAAGUGUUUACAUUGUUAUUUAUUUAAAAAAGAAAAUACCGAAUGAUUGUUGAGUACGGGGUAUCAGUGAAUGCGGUGUUUAUUAAUUAUUAUUUAUUGAAGCAUCAACAAUUUAUCAAUUAAGACAAUUCAUCGAGUGAAAUUGAGUGAGAAAAGCCAUAAGCAGUCGAAAAAAUCGUAAUCGAUCGGAUUUUUCGCCACUCUCUCGUGUUUGUGGACUCGUAGCCUCGGGGCUCCUCUACACCAGUUUUUUUUCUUUUCUUUUUUUUUUUUUUUCUUCAAGCCCCAGUGUGUUUUAACGGUGUACAAGUGUGUGUGUUAUGUCAACGUAACCUGCGGCAGCACUGCCGCCUCUUUAGUAAUUAACCAAACAAAAUGGACACCAAGAUAACGAUUAAACGAAUGCCCGUGAGAUUGUUUUAAAUGGAAUACCCGGGAGAAUGGAUUGACGAUAAAUAACAAUAUUCACCCCAAAAAUCAAUGAUGGGUACGCCAGUGACAAUACAAAGAAUCGUGAAAUAUCCUCUUGAGCCUGAGAUGGAGGCGAAGAGUCGUGAAGCGUAAUAGAGACAUGGACUCGUACGAUCUAUUUGGAGAAGAUGUCAGUGGCUCGAUGCUCGAUGCGCUACCUGAUCUUGGGGGAAAUGAUCAUUUUGAUCCGUCAGGUGCUACAAAUACUGGUGUAGCUAGAGAUGGGGCUAAUGCAGGGCCCAACGGAGGUGGGAGUUACAUUAAUCCGCCCUACAGUAUUUCACAAGAAUCUCCAUUACAAAAAUUAACAUCAUUCGGUGGUGGUGAUCAAUUUGGCAGUGGUAAUCAAUUGCAAAGUCCAGGUGGACAAAGAGCCACCAUGUUUAAUCAAAAUUUGGGUAAUUUUGAUGGUAGUGCCCCACAGAGGGCUAUGGUACCAGGAUCAUUUGCUAAUCAAGUGAGAGGUAUGGGCCCACAGCACAGAGGCCCACAUCCCCCAAAUCCAAAUCAGUAUCCUGGUUACUCAGACAAUAUGUAUUCAAUGGAGCAACAGCAUCCAAUGGCACGUGGUAAUAUUAAUAUGGAUCCAACAAUGCAGGGUUGGCCAAGUGCUGGUGGUACUUAUUCACAGAUACAGAGGCAUUACAAUCAAAUGGCCCCACAGCCAACGGCCUACAGGCAACACAUGCCUCAGUAUUCACAUCAGCAGGAUCAAGCCAAUAUCAAUCAAAAAUUACAACAACAACAGCAGCAGCAGCAGCAGCAGCAGCAACAGCAACAACAACAACAACAACAGCAACAACAUUUCAAUGCCCAGCAAGGAAUGCUCAGUAGUAUGGGUGUACCACAUCAGGCUAUGCAGCCAGGUGCAUCAGCUGGUGUCUAUCAACAUAUGGUAGGACAACAGCAGCAUUAUCAGCAGAGUAAUCCUGCUCUAUACCAAGCAGCGAGUGGCUACACAGGGUUUACCAUUCACCAGCAACAGGCCCAACAGCAGGCCCAACAGCAGGCUCAGCAGGCUCAACAACAACCACAACGAAUGCCACAUCAUCAUCCGUCCCAUGCGACACAUCAAACUCAUCCGUCGCAUCCACAGUAUCCACAACAUCCUCAACAACAUCCUGUCAGCCAGCCCAGUAUGGACCCACAGUAUCCUCAUCACACUGCCCCAAUGUUUAAUCAGCCCCAGCAUCCACAUCCAGGUGGACAUCCAGGGCCUCAACAUCCUCCUCAGCAUCCACCCCAACAUCCACCUCAACUGCCCCCUCAACUUCCUCCUCAACUUCCCCCUCAGCAUCCAGGACAGCAGCAUCCAGGUCCCCAGCAUCCUGGUCCACAGCAUGCCGGCCAAGCUGGACAAUUUGGACCAACGAAACUCGCAACAAGUCCUCAAUACAGAGCAGCAUUUCCCCAAUUAUCACCCCAGAUGUCACCAAGACCACAAAUGUCACCAAGACCGCCAGCUGUACAACAGCAAAUGUCUCCACGUCCAAUAAUGUCCCCGGCAAAGCCAACGACAUUAUCACCCCAUCCACACGUACAAAUGCCACAUCAGCAAUCAGGCGCCCCAAAUGCUGUGUCAGUCUCUCCAUGCCCACCAUCAAUGCCAAUGCCAACGUCAACUCAACAAACAACUCUUCAGGCGUUGGAACAAAUGGUGAUACCAGGUGUACCAAAUUCAAAUGUACCAGGAGGUGAUUAUACUCAAUUUCAAUCGCGACCACCAAUGCCACAUCCAUCGAGUAUAAUGCCGCAAUCGAACGCACAAAAUUCAAUGCCACCAGUGACUGGUCCUCGUAUGCCAAUGCCCUCCCAGUGGCCACAUCCACAGCAAUCCCAACCACCGCCACCAUCACUCCCACAGCAGGCACCGCAACAACCACCAUCUCAGCAGCAACAGCCACCACAGCAAUCAGUACCACCAUCCCAGCCGCAGCCGCCGCCGCCGCCUCAGCAGCAGCAACCGCAGCAGCAGCAGCAGCAACAACAACAACCACAACACCAGCCACAGCAGCAACCACCACCACAACAACAACAACAGCAGCCGCCGCAGCAGCAGCAGCAACCGCCGCAGCAGCAGACACCACCUCAGUCCCAUCAGCCACCCCAGCCCCAGCCUCAAAUAAGGCCGACCAUGGGGAUAAAUGACAGGAGCAUGAUGGAACAACAGCCACCAACCUCAGAGUCAAUAUUCCCAGUGAAUGGCAAUGACAAUAUUCACAGUGUUGUGGAAACAACGACACAUGACGAUAAUCCACCAAGUAUAACUCAAUCUCAAUCUCCUGACACUGUUGAACCAGUUAAGCAGUCGAGUACAGAGCUCUUGAGCCAGGAUCCAGUGUUGAGCAAUUCACAGUUAAAUCUCCCAAUUGAGCAAACCCAAACAAUGAAACCGUCAAUUGAACCAGUACAAUCAUUACCAGCAUCGAGUACCAGUGGCAACGUUGAAUGCAGUACGCCCUCGCCCUUGAUGCAAUCACAAGUGGAGGUAGCACCAGCCGUCUCCACAGACAACGAAGUAUCAGACAUAAAAGUCAACGAACAAUCCCCUGAGAUUAACACAUCCCAGCACUCAAUGAGCUCGAGUAUGCAAUUCCAUGAUAAUCAGGGCCACAUGAGUCAACAGGUGGCACCAGUUAGUCAAUCUCAGAUAAAUCAAUCACAGACGUUGAGUCAGUCCCAGGACCAGUCGCAGAUUCAGGGACAACAGCCACCGGUGCAAAUGCCUCAAACGCCACCGAUGAGCCAACCUCAGGCCCAGAUACCGCAGCAGCCGCAGCAGAUUUCACAACCUCCAGUGAGUCAAUCACCCCAGCAGUCUGUACAGCAGGCUGUGCCACCAAUGGGACAGGCUCAGCCACAGCCGCAGAUGACUUCACAGUCACAACCCCAAACGCAAUCACCCCUCAUGCCAGCUCAGCCACAACAGCCUCAUCUGAACCAAGUCAACAUGAUUCCCACAAGCAAUUCGAUUAUGCCUCAGAUCCCACCGAUUUCUACUCAAAUAACUCAACCCAACUCCGUUGUUCCACCUCACAUACCAUCUCAACAGAUAUCUGGGGGGCCUCUUCCCCCUCACCAAACAGCUGUUUCAAUCCCAAAUAACCAGCCUCCACCACCUCACACGAUGCAACCGUGUGGUUUCGGAGAGUACACGAACAUGCAGAAGCCUAAUAUGUACCAGAGUGACAUGAUCGUUGGCUCUGGGCAGCAGUAUCAUCCUGGGGGUGAAAUUAUUCCUGGUGCCAUACCCAACAUGUAUGGCAUGUCGACAACACCUGGUGGUACUUUCAACAAUGCCCAUGCUCCAGUGACACAUCAUCAGGAGCGAGCAGCUCUGCAGCAGCAACUGCAAGAGCUCUUCUGCAUGCCUCCAGCUCAGGAGAAUCAGGAGAAAAUUGUUGCCCUCCAGGAGAAACUCCAGGCACUUCAACAACACGAGACAAACGACCAAUGCAGUGGUGGCCCUGGUUGUAUUCUGGCAACACCGAUGUUCCAGUCAACAGUUGUUGAUAGCCCCCAGGUGUCCAGUACAACUGGCAGGGGUAGGAGUAAAGGUGCACCACGAACGAAAAAAAAUCGCAAGAAGGCCGAUAAGGAGGCAGCAGCACCCAUCACCAGUCAACCUGUUCCAGCACCUGAGCAACCGGUCUCUGAGAAUCUAGUCACUCCUGGGGACAGCAGUAUCGCUGACAGUGUUGCUGAUUCAGAGGACAAUAAACCCUCGUCUGGGGAUCACGAGGAGGAGUGGAAUAAAACGAGAAAAUCCAGGGUGCCGAGGAAACCGAGAAAGCCCAAGGAGCCAAAGGAACCUAAAGAAAUAAAGAUCAAGAAGGAGAAGGUACCCAAGGAGUCCAAGUCUCCCAAGGGAAGAAAAAAGAAGGAUAAAGAGGGUCGUGAGAGCUCGAAACGCGGGAGAAAGAAGAUUAUAGUUUCGGAUUCAGCUGAUGAGGAGGUUGGGGAUGAACAUGAAGAUGUGUCCGAGUCAUCAGCUGUGCAGGACGCUGAUGUCAAGUCAAGUGAACCUCCCAUACAAGAUGAUCAGGAAUUGGUAGAUUCUUCGACGACUGAACCGAUACAAACGGAGGGUAAGGAAGAGGGUGAUGACAAGGGGGAUAAUGAGGAGGCAGUCGAGGAGGACGAGAAGAAGGAAGAAGUGAGGGAAGCUGCUGCCGUGGAAACUGCGACCCCGGCUAAGAAAAAAUCAUCGAGAAAACGUUCAGUGGGGGGUAAGGGGACGUCAACGAGAACACCGAGGGCUUCGAAGAAACGGAAGAGCAGGAUAGCUCCUGAUUCUGAUGGAGAGGAACUUGCUACCACUCCACCACCAUCACCGGAGGCUGACGAUACAAAUAAACGGAGAUCGUCGCGUAAUACUCACAGGAAAAAGUACGUGGAUGACGUGAUGCUAAGAUUCUCUGAUGAAGAGAUGCCAGCACCCGAUGCUAAGAAGUCUGAUGGCUCCACUGCUAAACCAACGUCCACCAAACGUGAAAAUGAGGGAGGUGACGUGGGGCCAAAUAAACCAAACUUCGUGUACAUAAAUACUACUGAUGAAGACUCGAUGGUUGUGCAGCACAUUCUCUGCAUGAGAAUGGGUAAACGUGAGAUAAAACCAACGCCAGUGGCUGAAGUUAAGCCUGAGGAGGGUGACAAGGAGAAGACUGAGGAGGACAAAAAGGAGGAACAAACUGAAAAUGCUGAGGCUGAAAAGAAAUCUGAGGAACCAGACAAGGAGGAGCAUGCAGAUGAAAAACCAGAGGAGGAGAAGGAAGCGAAAGCAGAGACCGACCAAAUCGAGAAUAAGAAAGACGAGGAAGAGAAUAAGCCUCAAGAGACUGGCGAGCUUGAAGUGAAGGAUGAGAAGCCUAAAGAAGAGGAGAAAACGGAGGAGACAGAGCCUCAGGAGCCCGAGAGCACAGCCACUGAGCCCUCUGAAGCCACAGAGGUAAAACCUCAAAUUGUAGAGGUCGAGGAGUACCUAGUGAAAUACAGAAACUUUUCAUAUCUUCACUGCGAGUGGCGAACCGAGGAGGAGCUCUACAAAGGGGACAAACGAAUUCAGGCGAAGCUCAAGAGAUUUAAGCAGAAGCUCCAGCAGAGCACAAACAUCUUCGAGAACACUGAGGACGAUCCAUUCAAUCCUGAUUUUGUUGAAGUCGACAGAGUCCUGGAUGAAGCCACUCACACUGAUCCCACAACUGGAGAAACCGUCAGGCAUUAUCUAGUGAAAUGGCGGUCAUUGCAGUACGAGGACUCCACUUGGGAACUCGAGGAGGACGUCGAUUCCGAGAAGAUUGCUCAGUUUAGGAAAUUCAAUAAGGUACCAUCCAAGGACCAAUGGAAGCCGAAGAAGAAACCCACUGCCUCUCAGUGGCAGAAGCUCGAUGAGUCACCGGUUUAUAAAUCUGGUAAUAGUUUGAGACCUUAUCAACUCGAGGGACUCAACUGGCUGCUCUUCUCCUGGUACAAUGGCCACAACUGCAUUCUUGCGGAUGAGAUGGGUCUUGGGAAGACUAUCCAGUCAUUGACCUUCGUUGAUGCUGUCUACAAGUAUGGAAUUCGUGGGCCUUUCUUGAUUAUUGCCCCCCUGUCAACUAUUCCUAAUUGGCAGAGGGAGUUCGAGGGGUGGACCGAGAUGAACGUUGUGGUUUACCAUGGCUCGGCAGCGAGCAGAACGAUGCUGCAAGAGUACGAAGUCUACUACAAGAAUGACAAAGGCAAUCAGAUCAAGGACCUGAUCAAGUUCAAUGUUCUCAUAACGACAUUUGAGAUUAUCAUCACUGACUUUAACGAGCUGAAGGGCUACAAUUGGCGUCUAUGUGUAAUCGAUGAAGCUCACAGGUUGAAAAAUAGAAAUUGCAAGUUGUUGGAGGGGCUCAGACAGCUCAAUCUAGAGCAUCGUGUGCUUCUCUCUGGCACUCCCCUCCAGAAUAACGUCAACGAAUUGUUUUCACUUCUCAAUUUCCUCGAGCCCAAUCAAUUCGCGAGUAAUGAGGCUUUCCUCAAGGAAUUUGGCAACCUAAGUAGCGAGGGAGAGGUUAAUAAGCUUCAAUUACUCCUCAAGCCCAUGAUGCUCAGGAGAUUAAAGGAAGACGUGGAGAAGUCACUCGCUCCCAAGGAAGAGACUGUCGUCGAGGUUGAGCUGACGAAUAUCCAGAAGAAGUAUUAUCGAGGAAUUCUCGAGAGGAACUUCUCGUUCCUCGCUAAGGGCACCACCUCUGCCAAUAUUCCCAAUCUGAUGAACACGAUGAUGGAGCUGAGGAAGUGCUGCAUCCAUCCGUUCCUCCUGAAUGGUGCUGAGGAUCAGAUCCAGCUGGAUUAUAAAACUGGAGAAAAAGAGGACUCUGACGCUUACUACCACGCCUUGGUGAAUAGCUCUGGAAAAAUGGUACUUGUUGACAAGUUGCUACCGAAACUGAAAGCUGGUGGACACCGAGUGUUGGUAUUCAGUCAGAUGGUUAAGUGUCUCGAUCUUCUCGAGGACUAUUUGGUAUACAAGAAGUAUCCUUAUGAGAGGAUCGAUGGACGAAUUAGAGGUAAUCUGAGACAGGCUGCUAUCGAUCGUUACAGCAAACCUGAUUCAGACAGAUUUGUGUUCUUACUCUGCACCAAAGCCGGGGGCCUUGGAAUCAAUUUAACAGCUGCUGAUACUGUUAUCAUUUAUGAUAGUGACUGGAAUCCACAGAAUGACCUGCAGGCACAGGCCAGGUGCCACAGAAUUGGACAGCAGAAGAUGGUCAAGGUUUAUCGUCUGCUGUGUCGUAAUACUUAUGAAAGAGAAAUGUUUGAUAAGGCCUCUAUGAAGCUUGGACUUGAUAAAGCCAUUCUACAGUCUAUGAAUACUGCCCAGGGAUCUGGGGGUAAGGAUCCCGGCAAUAAACAGCUGACGAAGAAAGAGAUUGAGGAUUUACUCAAAAAGGGAGCCUAUGGGGCUAUAAUGGAUGAUGAUACGGCUGGGGAUAAGUUCUGUGAGGAGGACAUCGAUCAGAUUCUCGAGAGGCGGACCCAGGUCAUUACUAUUGAGGCGGAGAAGGGAUCCACUUUCUCGAAGGCUAGCUUUGCCUGUGCCUCCAAUCGAUCGGAUAUCAAUAUCGAUGAUCCCGAUUUUUGGAACAAGUGGGCGAAGAAGGCAGAAAUUGAUACAACUGAGAAAAAGGAGGAGGAGGAUUUAGUUAUUUCUGAACCCAGGAGGAGGACUCAGAUCAAACGAUAUGGGCAUGAUGAGUCGGUCGUUGAUAUGUCGGAGCUCGAUAGUUCCGAUGACAGUGAUGAUGACGGUGGAUUGACAGGUAGAGGGAAGAAAAGACGAGACAAAUUCGGAAAGAAGAAGAAAUACUGUGACGAGUAUGUGCCAAGGGAGGGGGAGGUUGUGUAUGGAAGUUGGGCGAGGAGUGAAUGCUUCAAAGUUGAGCGAGGAUUACUGACCUUUGGCUGGGGUCGUUGGGAGGAGAUACUCCAGCACAGCCAGCUUCGACGUGGAUGGCGUGAAAUUGAUAUCGAGGAUUGUGCUCGUGUCAUUCUGCUGUACUGUCUGCGUUAUUACCGGGGUGACGAAAAAAUUCGUAGCUUUAUAUGGGAUUUGAUAACACCUCUGGAGAAUGGAGAGAAGAUCAAAACCAUUACGAUUAAUCAAGCCAAUAGAAAUAGCAGGAAUAAAAAGAAGAAUAGCAGAGUCAGGGAGGGGGCCAGGGAGACCAGGGGAUCCGCUAUUAAUGGAGGCCCCAGUGAUCCCAAUCAUUGGAGUCAUGCAGAAAAGUAUGAUGGGGACAUUUUCCUCGAAAGCACCUACAGAAAACACCUCAGCAGACAUGCAACCAAGGUACUUUUACGAGUCCGCAUGCUGUACUACAUCAAGCACGAGAUAAUUGGAGACCUGGUGCAACACAUCUCCGACGGUGUACACGUCAGUGCGUUGCGGAUAGAUCCUCCUCAGUUACCGGAACGACCAACGAAAUGGUGGGACGCUAUGGCUGACAAGUCACUAAUUGUUGGCUGCUACAAACAUGGAUACGAGAAUUACGAGCAGAUGAGGGCCGAUCCCACGCUUUCUUUCAUUUCAAGCUGCCCUCUCCCUUCCCAGACACAGACCAACCAAACAGAACAACCAAAGGAGGACAGUAUCGAGCAAGACAUCGAAGAUGGCGAGGCUUCGACCGCCCAGAAGGAUGGCAAGGAUAGCGAAAAAUUCGGCAGAGAAACUCCAGCUAAUUCACCAGCCAUAUCCAGCAAAGCAGAUACACCAGUGCCAGAGGCCGGCGGCAGUCAUGAUGGGGCGGAGGUACUCCUCGACGACGACAAAACGUGGCCAUCAGUUGUCGACCUCAACACCCGGUUACGAAGAGUCAUCUCUUCUUAUCAAAGGAGUGUUGGUAAGAAGGAGGACAUCAACAAGGGCCUGAAGGGGGCUAAGCCACCGAUGGAAAUGGAAAUGACUAACCAGGCUGGAACGAACACUGGAGAACCUCCACUCAAUAUGCAGGGAUGGGAUCUUCAACAGCUUGCUAUGUAUCUUUUGAAAAUGGAGAGGCGAGAAAAAAUGGAGCAAAUGGUGAAAGAGCGCGAGCGCACACGCAUUGAGGAGCAAAAAGCCAAAUGGAGCCGCAGGGAAGAGAGCGAAUUUCUCCGAGUGGUUUCCACCUACGGUGUUAAUUAUGACCGUAAAAAAGCUCAGUAUGACUGGACAAAAUUCAAGAGCCUAGCGAGAUUCGACAAGAAGUCUGAUGCCGAUCUGACAGACUACUACAUGUCCUUCCGUGCAAUGUGCAAGAAGGCAUGUAACUCCAAAGGUGCCGAGGAGGAAGGUGUGUUCCACAUUCCUAUCGAUCAGCUGAGCCCGGGAAGAGCGAGGCAAAUUCUCGAUCGCGUAGAUCUCUUAAGUAAAAUUCGUGAAGAGAUUCUCUCUCACCCACAUCUGGAAGAGAGAUUAUCCCUAUGCCAGCCCUCAGGAGACACUCCAGACUGGUGGGUGCCAGGGAGACAUGAUAAGGAGUUGCUCCUAGGUGCAGCCAAACACGGCUUGGGUCGUACAGACAUAACAAUUCUCAAUGACCCCGACUUUUCGUUCCAUAAAAUUCUCGGCAAGAGUAUUUUCGGUGGAAUUCCACCAGCGAAAGCAGCAGUACCUUUCGAUAAAUCUGACAAGGCGAUUAAAAUCGAAAACAGGGAUGACAUCCUCAAAUUCGAUAAGGACGAGAUCUUGGUUAAACUUGAGAAGGGCGAGGGAACCCUGAAAAUCGAAAAAGUAGGUUUCAAAAGAGACAGUUCACUUCCUCCUCCUGACAAGAAGCUAGACGUGCCAGAGAAAGGUCGAGUUGAGUUGACAAUUGUCAAGACCGAGGGUAAAUCUGAUGAGAAGACGCCUAAGAGCUGGUUAACCAUCACAGCUCUCUCGUCAAAAUCUCCUGAACUCGAUAAAACCUCAGAAGUCUCUGCAGACGCCGAUAAACCGUCUGAAGAGACUCCUGAAGGCGAGAAAACUCAAGAAAAACCAGUAGUUGAGACUGAAGCAGAUGAGAAGGAACCUGAAUCCAAAAUAACUGAAGUCGAGGCGGAAACACCGGCAGAAAAUACAGAAAAACUUGAAGAAAAAAUUGCAGCGACAGAAAAGGAACAGUUAGAAACCCCUGAAAAGGACAAGGAUGAGGAAAUUGAAGAGAAAUCAAAAGAUAAAGAUGCAGAAUUGCAUCAUGAAGAAGAAAAAGCUCCAAAAACUGACGAAGAAUCUUCAAAAGAGACUUCUCAACCCUCAGAGGAGUUAAAACCCCCUGAAGAAACUUCUCCAGAUAUCAACCCCUGUAAAGAAGAUGAUAAAAUUCCUAAAGAGGUUGAAAAAUCUGAAGUUUCUCCAGAGGGGAUGGAAGUUGAGUCCUCAGAGGUAACAGUUGAGCCGUCCAAAUCACAAGAAGCUGCAGAAAAAUCGCCAGAGGCCGCUAAAUCCUCAGAAGACUCCACAAUGGAUGUCCAGGAGUCCGACGAUGCCUCAAAGGCUCCAGAAAAACCAAAAGACACUCAGUCAGAAGCAACCGACUCGGCUCUACUCGACACCAAACCAGUAUCGUUAGUAGAGGAGAAAUCAACAGAGGUUGAUGAAAAAACGCUAGAACCGUCCUCGGAGAAACCAGAAAAGACCCCGGAGGUGGCCGCAGCCCCUGAAGACAAGCCCGAAAAAUCUCCUUCAGUGAAGGAACAAGUCCAAGAGAUUCCUGAAGAAAAAACCGAGAAGGAAGCCUCGAAAACCUCAAAAAUCGAGGAUAAGGGGAGUAUUCAGGCGGCAGAACUCAAGGCCAUGUUCCCAGACCUGGAGGUGAUCCAACCACUGUCCAGAUUAACCCAGAUUGAUACAUUCGUCCUUCGAGACAAGUCUGACUAUCCCGAGCCUCCGAUUCCUCCUCUGCUCCCCCACAACUUCCCUUCGUCAGUGAAAUGGCCGAAGGAACAUGCAGUUGAGGCCAGAUUGAUGCACAUUGUCCAUGCGAUUGAGCACAAGGAGUGGCCAGUGGCUAUGAAUUUCACAGCUGGUGACGAAGUCGAGAUUCUUUCCGCUGAUAAGGACAAUUCCGAGGUAAUUACAAUCACCACUGAUCACGGAGUAUCGAGGGCACUAGCAGCAACCACCAACAAUCUCUCGUCUAAAAAACGAAAGAGACACAUUGCGAUUGACGUUGAGACUGAGAGAGCAAAGCUCCAUGCAUUAUUGAACAGCAGUCAUAUGACAUCACAGCCUCCUCAGGCUCUUAGUAAGCCCUCGGUGCUUUCAGGCUCGUGGGAUUUAACUGAAGAGUCUCAGUCCGAGGACUCGAGGAGAUCAACUCCCCAGCCUCCACCAGCUCAUCAGCAAACGAGAAAUUCAGCAUUCGAUCUGAAGUACACAGUCCCUGGGAAGACAACGAUUAUCCCAGGUACGUCGAGCACACUCACCCCCAUCGAUCUCUCUGCUGGAUACAUGAAGACAUCGUCCAACGAGGUCAGUAAAGACAUUAUGAACGAAGUUCAGGACUUCUCGAUGCCCAGCAAGAACAAGCAGCCCAGCAGCAACAAGGGAAAAUUAGACAGUAUGUUGGAUAAAUUAAUGAAAAGAAAGAAUGUACCAGUGGAUGAACCAGUAAUUGGUAAAGAGAAGAAACGAAGAAAGCUCGAUGAGAUCGUACUGGGUCUGAGUGCAGCAAAAGAACAGCAAGGCACUCACUUCCCCGAGCACAACAAGAAGAGUACAAUCACCCCUAAUGUGACAGUGACCCCCACAUCAGCUCCAAUUGGGCUUCCAACCCCUCCAGCGCCUGCCCAGAAACCGUUCUCUAUAACCGUAACAUCUAUUCCAUCAUCCAGAGCUUCAAGCUCCAGCCAUCAGCCACCACCAUCUCUCCAUUCUCACAAGGAUAGUUUCUCAGCCCUGCUGGCACAAGCAGAGCAGCAAAAUCGUGACCUCAAGAAACAGCAACAGCUGCACGCCGCCCACUCGAGUCAAUCAAAUCAACAGCUUCAACAGCAGUUGCAGCAACAACAGGCUUUCAACUCUGGCCACAUGUCCUCUAGCAGUCAUCGCAAGAGCUACGAGGCGAUGAUAGCUGAUAUAAAUAAAGUAGCUGAAUACUCAUCGAAAAUAGGUUCAUACUCUCACGAGGCUAAAGUUAACAAGUGGCUGGCAGAGCAAACAGCAAUGUCCGAUCAAUUAUCAGCUGAAUAUCUCAAUGCACCGAGAAGACGUCGUCCACGUGUCGAUCCAUCACUGCUUGACUGGAAGAAGCUUACUGGUGAAGAGAACGUUGCUGUGAUUAACAGAAUAACUGGUAAGAAAGUAACUGGCAGUAAAGCACCACAAUUGAAACGUCUUGGCCAGUGGUUAAUGGAGAAUCCCAUGUUCGAUGUAGAUCCUAAGUGGGCUGAAUUGGUGAAGGAACGUGGAAACUUGCCUCACGAUUUGCAGAAGAGAUUGCCAGGACAAGAGAGAAGCAGUAAUAAAGGUAAAACACCAGGUAGACCACCAAUGAUGCCAAGCCCAACGAGUCAACAGCAAACCAGUCAGAAUUUAGCUGCAACAUCAAUGGCAUCACAGCUCAAUUUCCCAGGUCUGGGUAAUCUUAAUAAUUCAUUAUUAUCAGGCUUAUCGUUGGGUAAUUUUGAUCCAAAGAACAAUCCCCUGUUGAUGCCAUUUGGUGGACUACCUAAUUUGGGAGCACUUGGGGGUCUCGGUAAUCUCGGUAAUCUCAGUAAUAUGAGUUUAACAAAUUCACUUUUCGCCAAUCUUGCUGGUCUCGGUCUGCCAUCAUUGGCAGGCAUGGAGGCACUCAGUGCAUCAGCAGCUGCUACUAGUUCUGCCGAGACUAAUGUUGUUAAUUCAUCAAGCAAGACGACAACAACGAGCACGAGUAGUUCUAGUAAAUCCAGGUCCAAACAGAUGGAUCCACCAACCUCAAAAUCAUCAGCACCAUCGACCUCGUCGAGUUCUUUACCCACAACCACACCAUUCCCAUUUUUCUUCCCUAAUCCAAGUCUGCUUUAUACGCCACUUGGUCUAGGGGGAUUGAAUCCAUUCUCGAUGCAACCUGGUGGUGUCUCAUCGGCCUACGAGAGUUUGGCUCAGUGUGGCCUAUUGAAUCCACCGACUUCCACGGCCUCGAGCUCAAGGAAGUCGACCUCCUCCACAAGUAGCAGCUCGAGACGAGAGUCCACUGCUGAUAUGUUGAAGCGUAAAGAAUCUGAGAAGAAAUCGGCAAGUGCUGCAUCUAGGUAUCAGAUGGAGUCGUCAUUGGCGUUACAGGCUUAUACAGACGCCAUUCACGCUGAGGAGAGAAGAAGGAGUGAGGUGGAAAAGAAGGAGGCCCUUGAAAUCAGUGAAAUUGCUGACCUAUCAGCCAGGAUGGAGCGAAAGAGUAAGGAGCAGGAGAUGAAGGAGGCCCUCGAGCAAUUGAGCAGAACGAGUGCUGAGUUGUUUACGAGAACCAUCGAGGAAACACAGAGGCCCCAGAAACGAAGCAGAACAUCAGAGCCUGUUCAGGAAACCCCAUUGCCAGCUUCACUCGAGGUGACACUUGAACCUGUGGUGAAGAAGAGUCGUGUGGAGGCUGAACACAAAACACCCUCCAUCUCAUCCUUCAGUGAUAUCGCCGAAGAGUCCCCAACGAAAACCACAAAGUCUCACACCCCAUCGUCGACUCCAGCAUCCACUCCCCAGCCCACACCUGCCUCAACCCCAACCCCAACCCCAACUCCAACAACAACACCAGCACCCAGACUAGCGACACCCCAACCACAGGAGGAGGUCACCUCCAACACAUCCCUCAACACCUCCUUAAACACCUCGUCAAAUAGUAAUAAAGAGUCUGUUGACUCACACUCUGAGGAUCCCAAGGAAUCUCCAUCAUCAAACUCGAAAUCAGAGAGCACAAAGUCGAGUUUUGAGCAUGAGGAGGAGACCAAGGGAAAAUCCACUGGAAAAAAGUCGAGGGGAGCUAAACGAGUGACUGUUGAGCCCCCUGUAGAGAGGAAGAACCUCAGAUCAAGUGCUGGACGACAGGCCAGAGCUGCUGCUGAGCGGCAAGCCAGGAUGGAGGGAGAACUGGCUCAGCAGGCAGCUGAAGAGGCACAAAAUAAUGAGUGAGGAAGGUCUACACGACGCAAAAGAAAUGGGUGAUAACAAACUUCCCAUUAGAAGUAAGUCAUCCAGUCUUUUGGCGUCAUCUUAUAUCAAUCGAGGCUUAAUGAAAUUGAAAAAUAAGUGAAAGCGCAGGAACUUUCAGUGACAUAGACUACGUGUUCAUGUAGUGAGUUUUUAAACAAAUUGCAAGUUAAUGAGAGUACGCUGAACACAUGUAGUUUUGGUGUGGCGAAACAGACAAUUAUGUGGUGACAGCGAGAGAUUCAUGGAAACAGAUACAACGCAAUAGUAUUUUGUGGUAUAAUACAUUGUGUGGUAAUCCCUAACAAUUAGUGAUUGAAGUAAUUAGGGUUAAAAUGAGGAUAUAAUUUUUGUUAAAUUUAUUAUUCUACAAUCAUUCUUUUUUUUCCUUCUUAUCGACUUUUUAUUUUUGAUCUUAUUGGUUUAUUGAACCAGGGACUGUUUUAUAUACUGCUAUAAACAUGAUUAUAUAUUAUUAUUAUUAUGCAUAAUAAUAUAACCCGUACGAUGAAAUAUUGAUUAAAAGAUAGUAAUAACUUAAUUAUGAUGAGAGUAAUUCAAUGAUUAAGACAAUGAAACGAAAACAGAUAACUUGUACAUAUUUGCAGUUAAUAAUAAAGGAAAACAACAAUCUGCCUAGUUAUUGUAAACGGUUGAAGAAAUUGGA